CCAUCAAGGGUCCCCCCCGCUUUACCUUAAGUGCAAAAACGCCUCCGCUAAGUAAAUUCCGAAAACACUGAUCUCAUCUCUCUCAUUUUCCUCUCUUUCAAUAUCCUCCGCCGUCCCAAUGGUCCCACCGCCGUCUACGCCGUCGCUUGACUCCCAACAAAUCCAACAGUUUCUCUCCUCCGUCCUCUCCCAACGCGGCCCUUCUUCCCUCCCUUACACCGAAGACUCCAAAUGGUUGAUCCGCCAACACCUCCUUUCCCUCACCUCCCGCUACCCUUCCCUCCAACCCAAAACCGCCACUUUUACCCACAACGAUGGCCGCUCCGUCAACCUCCUCCAAGCCGACGGCACCAUCCCCAUGCCUUACCAAGGCGUCACUUACAACAUCCCCAUCAUAAUCUGGCUCAUUGAAUCUUACCCUCGUUACCCUCCCGUUGUCUACGUGAAUCCCACGCGCGACAUGAUCAUCAAACGCCCCCAUCCCCACGUUUCUCCCUCGGGGUUAGUUUCGAUCCCUUAUUUGCAGAAUUGGAUUUACCCAAGCUCUAAUCUUGUUGAUUUGGUCGUUAAUUUAGGCUCUGCUUUUUCCCAUGAUCCCCCGCUUUAUUCCCAACGUCGCUCCAAUCCUAACCCUAACCCGCCUAAUUACGGGCAACAGCAGCAGCCACCGCCACCGAGGGUUGCUGCCGCGGGUUAUCCUCCUUCGCCUUAUGGCAGGGCACAGCCGUCUCAGACGGAGGAUGCUGCGGAGGUUUACAGGAGGAAUGCGGUGAAUAAGUUGGUGGAGAUGGUUCAUGGAGAUAUAAUUAAGAUGAGAAAAGAAAGGGAAGCUGAAAUGGAAGGGUUGUUUUCAGCUCAAGGAGUGUUGAGAAAGCGAGAGGAAGAGGUCAACAAAGGGUUGAAAGAAAUGCAAGAUGAAAAGGAAGCUUUGGAACAGCAAUUGCAGGUUGUUUUGAUGAGCACCGAUGUGUUGGCUGGUUGGGUUAGAGAGAACGAAGGGAAAAUUAAGAACUUGGGGAAUAACAAUGACAAUGUCGACGUCGACGAGGUGUUUCAUUGUGCCGAUGUGCUAUCCAAGCAAAUGUUGGAUUGCACGGCUGCAGAUUUAGCCAUCGAGGACGUCGUUUAUUCGUUGGAUAAAGCCCUGCAAGAAGGGGCGGUGCCAUUUGAUCAGUAUUUGAGGAAUGUGAGGUUGUUGUCAAGGGAGCAGUUCUUUCAUAAGGCUACUGCUGCCAAAGUUAGGGCAGCUCAAAUGCAGGCUCAGGUUGCUAGUAUGGCUGCACGAGCACCGCAUUCAAAUUACGCCCCAUGACUGGUUAUUGAUUUGUUUUUGUGAUUUGUCUAUAAGUGGAUCAUGUUUUCUGAUAUAGCUGCAUUUUUUUUUGUCUACCUAAUUGAAUAUAUGUUUCCUUUUAUCCUAUUCAUAUGGGAAAAUUUAUUAUUAUGAUGUGAAUAAUGUGCAGCCUUCUCCCAUUCUCAUAAUGAAUUUGGGCUCUUUAGUAGACUUGCAUUGGUGAGGAAAACUGGAAUAGAAGCAGACGUUGAAGAAUGCUAAAAGAAGCAUUUACUUUUUGUAUUCUUAUGUUAUCUUAUCUUUUGACAUGCUUUCUAUGUAAAUGAAUGAUCCCUUAUUUUGUUGUAUCACUGGUUGUUUAACUUAUCAGCUUUUUACUUCAAUGCAUCAAGUUCAUGCUGUGUUACUUA